UAGGUAUAAAAGGGAGUAGGUUGAGAAGGAGCGUUUAGUUUAUAUUUUAUUGUUGUUGAAGUGAAUAAAAAUUUACGAAAUACAGGAAUUUUAAAUCUUUUAAAUAGUCAUAAAAUGGAUUUCUACUACGUGCCUGCUUCUGCCCCUUGUCGUGCCGUGCUCAUGACCGCUCAAGCUUUGGGCAUUAAACUGAAUAAAAAGCUCGUGAACUUGUUUGCUGGCGAGCAUCUGAAGCCCGAAUUCUUGAAGCUCAACCCACAGCACACCGUUCCGACUUUAGUGGACAAUAGUUUCGCCAUUUGGGAAUCCCGUGCUAUUAUAAUUUAUUUGGCCGAGAAAUACGGUAAAGACGAUUCGUUAUAUCCCAAGUGCCCGAAGAAGCGUGCCGUUGUAAACCAACGUUUGUUCUUUGACAUGGGUACUAUAUAUCAGGCAUUCUUUGACACCUAUGUGCUGCAGUAUAUCCUGAAACAAUCUGUUGCACCGGAGACAUACAAUAAAAUUGCUCCUGCUUUUGAGUUAUUAAAUACUUUCCUAGAGGGGCAAACCUACGUUGCUGGAGACUCAUUGACUUUGGCUGAUAUUUCCUUGUUGGCAACUGUGUCUUCAUACGACGUUGCCAAGUAUGACUUUAGUAAAUAUGCGAAUGUGGCUAGAUGGUAUGAGAAUUUGAAGAAAACUGCGCCUGGCUGGGAGGAAAACUGGGAAGGCUGCUUAAUAUAUAAGAAGAUGUUGAAUAAUUAAAGUUAUAUUUAAGUUAAAGUCAUUGAAGAAAUGCUAGAGAUUUUAUGUUAAGGCAUAGAAAAUAAUAAAGUUAAAUUAAAAAUAUAUAUAAAUACAGGCGGCCGCCGUAGCCGAAUGGGUUGGUGCGUGACUAUCAUUCGGAAUUCACAGAGAGAACGUAGGUUCAAAUCUCGGUGAAAAACCAAAAAUUAAAGAAAAACAUUUUUGUAACAGCGGUCGCCCCUCGGCAGGCAUUGACAAACCUCCGAGUGUAUUUCUGCCAUGAAAAAGCUUCUCAUAAAAAUAUCUGCCGUUCGGAGUCGGCUUGAAACUGUAGGUCCCUCCAUUUGUGGAACAACAUCAAGACGCACACGACAAAUAGGAGGAGGAGCUCGGCCAAACACCCGAAACGGAUGUACGCGCCAAUUAUAUAUAUAUGUAUGUAAAAAUAUAUAUUUGUGUAAAUAAUAUAAAUGAAUAAAAAAUUGCCUAACUAUUUUAGCAUCAACAAA